AUAAAAUUAAGAUUUUAAAACAUAAUGAGUAAAUAGGACCUUGAAAUCACAGUUGGAUAAAUUAGAAAGGCAAUCCCUCAACAUUUAUUUAAGAAGAACGAGUUACGAUUUUUGGUUUCCGUAGGCUAAGCUGUUAGUUGCACAUUAUUACUAACAUAUUUAGCUUAUAAUUAUAUCCCCUUGACUUGGUUGGCCUUACCAAUUUGGGUGGCAUAUGCCUUUCUAACAGGAACUGUGGCUACAGGAAUAUGGGUUCUUGGUCAUGAAUGUGGACAUUUUGCAUUCUCAGAUAUUAAAUGGUUAAAUGAUGUUUUAGGUUUCAUAUUGCAUGAACCAUUGUUGGUACCAUAUUAUUCAUGGUAACAUUCUCAUGCACUUCAUCAUGCUAAGACAAAUCAUUUAACUGAAGGUGAAACACAUAACCCAGUCAUUCUUGAUUCAAAGAUGGGAAAAAUAUAUUCAAAAAUGAAAGAUAUUUUGGGAGUGGAAUCUUUUGCUUGUGUUUAGAUUUUCAAUAUAGCAGUGUUGGGAUGGCCACUUUAUCUAUUACUUGGUGUCACAGGAGGAUCAGCAAGAGGAUUCACUAGUCAUUUCAUCGUACCCAACAAAUUGUUCCCACCAAAAAUGCUCGCCAAAGUUACUGCUUCAAAUAUUGGAUUGUGUUUAGUUAUUUAUGGACUUUACAAAUGGUAUUAAGCUACCUCAUUUGCUGAGGUGAUGGCUUUGUAUCUUGGUCCUUAUUUGGUUGUAAAUAUGUGGUUGACUAUUAUCACAUUCUUGUAACACACUGAUGCUGAUGUUCCUCAUUAUGAUGAAACCGCCUGGACUUGGUUGAAAGGUGCUUUAUGUACCAUUGAUAGAAAUUACCCUCUAUGGAUUGAUGCCUUACAAUUCGAAAUUGGUACCACUCAUGUUGUUCAUCAUGUCUUUUCCGAAUUGCCUCAUUACAAUGCAAGAGAAGCUAAUGUCUAUGUUAAACAAGUCAUUGGAGAUUUGUACAAUCAAGAUGCCAAAAAAUUGUGGACAUCCCUCUAUAAUUCUGCCAGUCUUGUUGGAGUAGAACACAAAGGAAAUGGGAUCUGGAAAUUCGCUAAGGCUUGAUUAUCAUUUAGUAUAUAUUGAUCAACACAUAUUAACAUCGAAUAUAUUCUUAUA